UUUGGCAAAUCGUUUGCAACGCAAUUUCUUUUUUUUCUUUUAAUUCGAUUAAUUAAAUUUAGUUAUUUAAUAGAAAUAUUUUAAAAAAAAAAAUUGAAAAAAACCAUGUUGCGCUUAUUAAAAAACACAAAUGUCUUGAAAAAUUCUGGAAGAAUUUUGGCAAAUAAUUUGCAAAGCGCAAAUGCUGCCGCCAACUUUGCUUCCAUGCCAGAGCCAAAAACUAAUCCAGAGAUUCUUUAUACCGGGCUUUUCAUCAACAAUGAAUGGCACAAAAGUAAAUCGGGUAAAACCUUUGAGACCAUUAAUCCCACUACUGAAAAGGCCAUAGCCGAAAUCCAAUGUGCCGGCAAAGAAGAUGUUGAUUUGGCGGUCAAAGCUGCCAGAGCUGCUUUUAAAUUGGGUUCUCCCUGGCGUCGUAUGGAUGCUUCCAGAAGGGGUGAAUUAUUAUAUCGUUUGGCUGAUUUAUUGGAACGUGAUCAGGUGUACAUGGCGAGUUUGGAAACUUUGGAUAAUGGCAAACCCUAUGCCAUGUCUUACAAUGUUGACUUGCCCAUGGCUAUUAAGAAUUUGCGUUACUUUGCCGGCUGGGCCGAUAAGAAUCAUGGCAAAACCAUACCCAUGGAUGGAGAUUUCAUGGGCUAUACCCGCCACGAACCUGUAGGUGUGUGCGCUCAAAUCAUUCCCUGGAAUUUCCCCAUACUUAUGAUGGCCUGGAAAUUGGGUCCCGCAUUGGCCACUGGCAAUUGUAUUGUUUUGAAGCCCGCUGAACAGACCAGCUUGACUGCUUUGUAUUUUGCCCAAUUGGUUAAGGAAGCUGGCUUCCCCGAGGGUGUGGUCAAUGUUUUGCCAGGAUUUGGUGAUGCCGGUGGUGCUUUGUCCAAUCAUUUGGAUGUUGAUAAGGUGGCUUUCACAGGCUCCACUGAGGUGGGCAAAUUGAUCCAACAGGCUUCCGGUAAGACCAAUUUGAAGCGCGUGACCUUGGAGUUGGGCGGCAAAAGUCCCAAUAUUGUUUUGGCCGACAGUGAUAUGGAUUAUGCUGUGGAAACUUCUCAUUUCGGUUUGUUCUUCAAUAUGGGUCAAUGCUGCUGUGCUGGUUCACGCACCUUUGUGGAGGAUAAAAUCUACGAUGAGUUUGUAGAGCGCAGCGCUGAAAGAGCCAAGAAACGUACUGUGGGCAAUCCCUUCGAUUUGAAUGUGGAACAGGGUCCCCAGGUAAAUGAAGAACAAAUGGAAAAGAUUUUGGGUUUGAUUAAUACCGGCAAAAAACAAGGUGCCAAAUUGGUGGCUGGCGGCAAUCGUCCCCAAGGUUUGCCCGGCUACUUCGUGGAGCCCACUGUAUUUGCUGAUGUCAACGAUGACAUGACCAUUGCCCGUGAGGAAAUCUUUGGUCCCGUCCAGCAAAUCAUACGUUUCAAGAAAUUGGAUGAGGUCAUUGAGAGAGCUAACAAUUCCGAUUAUGGUUUGGCGGCCGCUGUAUUCUCCAAGGAUAUCGAUAAGGUGAACUAUGUUGUGCAAGGCUUGAGAGCCGGUACCGUAUGGGUUAAUACCUACAAUGCCCUUUGCGCCCAGGUGCCCUUCGGUGGCUAUAAAAUGUCCGGCCAUGGUCGUGAAAAUGGUGAAUAUGCUUUGCAAAACUACACCGAAGUUAAGAGUGUUAUUGUUAAGUUGGCCCAAAAGAACUCAUAAGUAUGUGGUGGGGUUUAUUAAUUUUUAAGCUGUGUAAUCCCAAUGUUAUAUUAAACGUUAAAUAAAAUUUUUAAUUUUUUUUAUAUGAA